GGGACCGGACAGCCCCGGACAGCCGGCGCCAGCCCUGCCGGCACACCGUGGAGCGCAGCUGCCGCAGCGCGGCCAUGGGCGAGUGGGGCUUCCUGAGCUCGCUGCUGGACGCCGUGCAGGAGCACUCGCCCAUGGUGGGCAGGUUCUGGCUGGUGGUGAUGCUCCUCUUCCGCAUCCUGGUCCUGGCCACGGUGGGCAGCGACGUCUUCGAGGACGAGCAGGAGGAGUUCGUCUGCAACACGCAGCAGCCUGGCUGCAAACCUGUCUGCUACGACGCCGCCUUCCCCAUCUCCCACUACCGCUUCCUCGUCUUCCACAUCGUCGUGCUCUCGGCUCCCGCCGCCCUCUUCGUCAUCUUCGCCGUGCACCAGGCGGCCAAACCGGGGCGCGGGGGAGCCCCUGGCCAGCGUGCCCGCCGCCUGCAGCCCUUCUACGUGGGCAGCGUGGUUGCUCGCAUCGCGGCCGAGCUGGGCUUCCUGCUGGGCCAGGCGCUGCUCUACGGCUUCAGGGUGCAGCCUCUCUUCGUCUGCCGCCGCCGGCCCUGCCCGCACCGGGUCGACUGCUUCGUGUCCCGCCCCACCGAGAAAACCGUCUUCAUCCACUUCUACUUCGUGGUGGGGCUGGUCUCGGCGCUGCUCAGCCUGGCAGAACUCGCCCACCUGCUGCGCAAGGCUCCCCCUCCCCGGGCCGGGUGCUGCCAGCGGCCGCAGGAGCGGGCACCGGCUCCCGGGCAGCCGGCGGGGGCGGCGGAGGAGUCGCUGUGCCACCCUGGUGCCUCCCCGCCGCGGGGGGACCUGACCGUGUAGCUGUCUUUGGGAUGCCACCGCUGGCACGAAGCUGUGGCCGGUGCCCAGCAGGGAGAUGAAGCUCUCCCUGCCCUGACCUUCGCCGUGCCCCGGGGAGCAGGGCAGGGCUGUGCCCCGGUGCCCCCCCGGUUCCUGUUGUGGGCGGUGGAUGAGCCUCAGCUGGCAGCUGCUGGAAAAGAAAACAAGGACAGAAAGGAAACCAAACAGGGCCCAGCCCUGCCCCGCAGCAGGGCCGCCCCCGGCCCUCCCCACUGCCCCCCACCGCCACACGAGGGACCAGGGCUGCCCUCGCGUCCUGUGCCAGGGGUGUCACGAGGGUGCCAGGGCUCUGCAGGCCAGGGCUGGCCCUUCGAGGGGGCUGGGAGGGGGCACAUGAGCACAGUGGUGGUGGGAAGGGCACAGAGCUGCUUUGGGGGUGCCGGGCAGGGCUCAUCCCAAAGGAUUCUGCCCCAGCCCUGCCUUUGGGGUGGGCAGAGCCAAGGAGGGCAGGACUGGGGAGGGUCUUGGGGUGCUCCCCACUGCAGCAAAGAGCUCCCCAGGGCUCAGGGUGCUAUAGCCCUGACCAUGCACCGCCCCCCC